UCCACUUCCCCAAAAACCCUAAUCCCUACUCGUCCUCUUCUCAUUCUCCCAUUUCUUAAACAGCAGAAGCAGCCGCUUGGCUAAGAGCGAGAGAUAGAGAGACAAGAGAAGCAAUGGUGUCUGGUUCAGGGAUCUGCGCUAAGAGGGUUGUGGUGGAUGCAAGGCACCACAUGCUGGGUAGGCUUGCGUCUACCAUAGCUAAGGAGCUAUUGAACGGGCAAAAAGUUGUGGUUGUUAGGUGUGAGGAGAUAUGCAUCUCUGGUGGAUUGGUUAGGCAGAAAAUGAAGUACAUGCGAUUCUUGCGUAAGCGCAUGAACACUAAGCCUUCUCACGGUCCUAUCCACUUCCGUGCUCCAUCUAAGAUCCUCUGGCGUACAAUCCGUGGGAUGAUUCCCCACAAGACUAAGCGUGGAGAGGCUGCACUGGCUCGUUUGAAGGUUUAUGAGGGUAUUCCACCCCCAUAUGAUAAGAUGAAGAGGAUGGUCAUUCCUGAUGCUCUCAAGGUGUUGAGGCUUCAGGCUGGACAUAAGUAUUGUUUGUUGGGCAGGCUUUCGUCCGAGGUAGGAUGGAACCACUAUGAGACCAUCAAGGAGCUUGAGAGGAAGAGAAAGGAGAGGGCUCAAUUGACCUACGAGAGAAAGAAGCAGUUGACAAAGCUGAGGGUUAAAGCUGAGAAGAUUGCAGAGGAGAAGCUUGGUUCCCAGCUAGAUGUUAUUACUCCAAUCAAAUACUGAUUUGGAGAGAAAUUUGUUUUUCUAGCAGAAAAUUUGAGAUUAUUGUUGUUGAAGCUAAAAUCUGUUUUCUGUUUCGACAAUUUCUUUUUUGAGUGGAUUAAUUUUGUGGUAGUUAUUUUUAUUUAAUUUCUUGCAAUAUAGAUUUGCCAUAUGGUUUCUCAUAUUAGCAAUAAUUUUUGAAUUUUUGAA